AUGAUAGCAACAGCAGCAACAUCUAACCCUGUUCGAGCAUAUAGCAUCGACGGCGUGCUCGUGCGCAGCUCCAAGCCCAUCCCCACCGCGUCCACGUCGCUCCAGUUCCUCCAGCAAAAUGACAUCCCCUUCAUGCUGCUCACCAACGGCGGAGGCAAGCACGAGUCCGAGCGAGUCCGAGACCUGUCGUCCAAGCUGGCCGUGCCGCUGCACGAGUCCAACUUUGUGCAAUCGCACACGCCCUUUGCCGAGCUGGUCCACGGCGACAACAGCCUGCGCGACAAAUGCGUCAUGGUCGUGGGCGGGGAAUACGGGCGCUGCAGAGACGUCGCCGAGAGGUACGGCUUCACCGACGUCGUCACGCCGGGCGACAUCUACGCCGCGCACCCGGAGAUCUGGCCGUUCAGCAAGCCCUUCCAGCGCGACUACUACGCGUCGUUUGCGCGGCCGCUGGCCCGACCGAUCAACCCGGCGUCGCUCGCCGACAGUCUCAAAAUCGACGCCGUCUUCGUCUACAAUGAUCCCCGUGACUGGGGGCUCGACAUGCAGGUCAUUCUCGACGUGAUGCUGUCUCACCGCGGUUACCUGGGCACUUACUCCCGCAAGAACGGCGACACGUCCCUGCCCAACAGCGGAUACCUGCAAGACGGGCAGCCCACCCUCUACUUCUCAAACGCCGACCUGCUCUGGGCCGCCGACUAUCACCUCUCGCGGCUCGGCCAGGGCGGCUUCCAAGCGUCGUUGGAGGGCCUCUGGCGGGCCGUGACGUACCACAAGAACCACAAAUCCGCGCCGGAGCUCUACAAGAAGGUCAUUGGCAAGCCGUACAGAGAGACAUACGAGUUCGCGGAGAAGCAAUUGAUGCGACAUCGAGAAAGCAUGUUCGGGAACUACCACCACCAGCAGCAGCAGCAGUCGCCGCCGCCGAAAUUAAGAAAGGUGUACAUGGUGGGGGAUAAUCCCGAAAGUGACAUUCGGGGCGCCAACAACUACGACUCGCCCCACGGCAUCGAGUGGCUCAGUCUGCUGACCCGGACGGGUGUAUAUAGAGACGAAGACGGGCGUCGGCCAACCUGGGAACCAACCGCCAUCGUAGAUGAUGUCAAAGCCGCUGUACAGUGGGCGUUGAAGGAUAGUGAUUGGCACCAACCCCUGCGAUAG